AUGAUGGCGAACGCGAAGCUCCAGAAGCAGGCGCUGCUGCCGCCGCGCAGCCCGUUCCCGACGGCGGCGGCAGGGGCGCCGUCGCCGUACGCCGACCGCGGCCCGAUCGCUCGGCCGCAGGGCGCCGCCGCCCAUCCCCGGCACGGCCACGGGCACCACCAGCGCACGUCGUCCGAGAGCUUCAUCGAGGAGCAGCCGCCGUCGUGGCUCGACGACCUGCUCAACGAGCCGGAGACGCCAGCGGCGCGGCAGCACGGCCGGGCCGGCCACCGCAGGUCGUCAAGCGACUCUUUCGCACUGUUCGACGGAGCUGCUGCUGGCGCCAGUGCUUAUGCCAAUGGCUUCGAGGGGAUGGGGGGAGGAGGUGGGCAGCCUGCGCCAUGGGGUGGUGUUCAGGAGUACUAUGCCAAGCCAGGUUCGUUUGGGAGGGCACAUGGCCGGCCAUGGGAGCAAGGCAUGCCGAAUCUGGCUGGUUUCCGGCAUGGCGGCGGCCUGCCGAUGCCAACAAAAGACAAGGUUGGGGGGCAUCAUGGGCCACCAAACACGUUGAGGGAUCAUAACCAUGGCAUGGACAAGAGAACUCCUGUUGAUGCUGGUCAUGAUCAAAAGGUUGGGGUGAAGGAAGGUGUGCCGCCGAAGCAUGCACAGUCAGAGGCGGACAACAAGCGGGCUAAACAGCAAUAUGCUCAGAGGUCCCGUGUCCGGAAGCUUCAGUAUAUUGCAGAGCUUGAGGGUAGAGUUCAGGCAUUACAGUCAGAAGGGGUAGAAGUGUCUGCUGAAAUGGAGUUUCUUACCCAGCAGAAUAUUAUGCUAGACCUGGAAAAUAAAGCUUUGAAGCAAAGACUGGAGAGUCUAACACAGGAGCAACUAAUUAAACGCUUUCAACAGGAGAUGUUUGAGCGGGAAAUUGGUCGUCUCAGAUCACUAUAUCAGCAGCAGCAGCAGCAACAACAACAACAGGCUCCUGCUCUUGUUCGCAGUAACAGCAGAGACCUUGAUGCCCAGUUUGCCAACUUGUCUCUGAAACACAAAGACCCCAACUCAGGCCGGGAUGCUCUCUCUGGGCCUCUUCGUACUUAAUUCUUUUCAUCUUUCCGUUCUUGUGGGUUCUAUAUCAAUCGCCACCACUGUGUGGUUGUCAUCUCCAUCAAGAAAGGAGAAGUGCACUUGGAUUGCGUGAAUAACACCGGAAAAGGCUAAUAGCUAUGGAUCUGAUCUUUAUUCUUUCGGGAUAUGCACCUGGCGGUCAUCCUCAGCUUGCGUCCAUUGUUGAUGCUCGACCAGUCGGCGGUGUUUAGGGUUUUCUUUUUAGCUAGACGCUUUUCGUGCAUCAUUGUACCAUUUCGCAUGCUAGGGUUCUAAUCUGUUACUAUCCUCUUGUUUCCUGAGCUUUUUUCAUACAUUGUAGCCAUGUUUGGAUUAGUUCUGCCUUAUCAGUGGAAUGUGGAGCACUAGUCAGCAUCAGAUAAGUUGUGCUUUGAAAAUGUGCCACAUCCCUGAUAACUGUAUGUUGUGUUAUUAUUUAUCAGUACUCAAUAAGCUAGUACAAAUGAAGUAUUAGCGUUUUUCAGAGUUCAGGUUGUCCUU